UGCACACAGUGUGUCUGGGAGAGAGUGACCCACUUGUCUCGGGGAGAUGUGUGCCAUCAAGUGCUCUUUUAGUCAGUCAGUAGCCGAUUGUCGUUAACAGCAUUCAUAUAGGUACGUGCGAGCCGAAGAACACGUCCGUUUCUUGUUCUUUUCUCCGUGUGUUGCAGAAGCGCGAACUGUGUUCAUUUGAAAAUUGUUAACUUUCGGAUGUUAGUAGGUUUAUGUGAACCCGUUUGAGAUUUUACAAGGGGGAGUUUUGGAUGUUCUGAUCUUUGGUUUUUUUGGUAUGCAACGAAAGUUCUUGUCUACUGGAGGAGAGAAGGCUACAUGCAGAAAUUGAAUAAAGAAUUAUCAAUCUCUAUUCAAGGAUCCAGUAUGCUCUGGAUGGCUGUCCUAGGAACGGCAAUAAUGUGGCUUUCUAUUCCCUCAACCCAUUCUUCACGUAGAGGAGCUGCCUACCAGAUUCAACCAAAGCCCUGUUGGGUGGAUGGCAUUGAAGGAACCUGUAUGUUCGUUUACGAAUGCAUCAAAUCCGAGGGCACGCACAUCGGUAUGUGCGUAGACACAUUCAUGUUCGGCUCGUGCUGUGCCCACAAUGCUACCGUCAAUGCAAUAUCCAUCGACAGGAAUCAACCUGCUGUUCUUUACACCAGUUCUAGUCAACCGAAGCCAACGACAAAGAGGCCAACCCCAACAUCAAAACCUAUCUCGCAUUCUAUAGGUAUAUCAAACCAGAAACAUACCUCCUCGCUCAAUAGAACAUUACAAAUGGGUAUGAGCCUUAAACCACAUCCCCUUUCCAAAAAACCUACCACACCUCCACGUAAUAGUUUGGAACCUACCAGUGAAGACACUUUGGAUGUGGCCAAUAGUAAAAAUCAAAAUAGUUACACGAAAUUAGGAUGGCAAUCGACUACUGAACCUGGUUUCAUAACUUCAAUUCAUCAUAACUCCAUCAGUUCAGAACCCGUUUCUGGAAUACAUUGGCCUCAAACAACCGAACCAAGCUACGUAAGGACAAAAUUCAAACCGAACAUGAACAAAAUGAAAUCGACCAAGAAACCCACUUAUAACAAAGUGACCAAUAAAUAUGGGUUCAAACCUACUAAGGGUUCCACUACUACAAAAAGGCCACCGUCUUCUACGAAACCUCCAACCAUACCUACUUCUGGAAAAACAGAAAAAAUACCUACCUCUACUAAUGCGAAUCAUAUAGGAGGAGGAACUCAUAAAAAAAUUGGUUGUGGCGUCUCAAAAAUGCCAUCCCAACCACACUCCAGAAUAGUAGGCGGUAAGAAUGCACCUUUCGGUAGAUGGCCGUGGCAAGUGUCGGUUCGACGGACAUCAUUCUUCGGUUUCUCCAGCACUCACCGAUGCGGUGGAGCCAUCUUGAACGAGAAUUGGAUAGCUACAGCUGGACAUUGUGUUGAUGACCUUCUGACAUCCCAGAUUCGAAUACGAGUAGGAGAAUACGACUUUUCGAGUGUUCAGGAAGAGUUACCAUAUGUUGAAAGAGCUGUCACCAAGAAGGUUGUCCAUCCCAAAUACAACAUAUUCACUUACGAAUACGAUUUGGCGUUGGUACAAUUGGAUGCUCCUUUGGAAUUCUUGCCUCAUAUAGCUCCAAUAUGUCUUCCUGCCUCAGAUGAUCUGCUGAUUGGAGAAAAUGCUACUGUGACUGGUUGGGGAAGACUCAGCGAAGGAGGAACGUUGCCAUCUGUUCUUCAGGAGGUCCAAGUCCCAAUUGUGAGCAACGAUAGAUGCAAGUCCAUGUUCUUGAGAGCCGGUCGACACGAAUUCAUCCCAGAUAUUUUCUUAUGCGCUGGUCAUGAGAAAGGUGGCCAGGACUCUUGUCAAGGAGACUCCGGAGGUCCUUUGCAGGUCAAAGGAAAGGAUGGCAGAUACUUCCUUGCCGGAAUCAUAUCCUGGGGAAUUGGGUGCGCAGAAGCAAAUCUACCGGGGGUUUGCACUAGGAUAUCGAAAUUUGUCCCUUGGAUACUAAAAAACGUGACAUAGUAUUGAAAAAAUCCCUUUAGGAAGUUACUGAAUAUAUUUAAAAAAGCGUUGUGGCACCAGGUCAACUAAGGCCAUGCAAAGGCCAGAAACAACCAAAGUAUUGGAUAUUGUUAAUGGUGAAUUGAGUAUUAUUGCAGUUCCACUAUAUGAGAAAUAUUUUCUCCGGGAGAUGCAAUUCAGUUGUAGUAUCUAUCUACGGACUGAAAAAUAUGGAAACAAGAAUUGUUCACAAUUUUUGGAAUCAGAACUAUGACAUGAGUUUAGACAAAAACUAUUAUUUAUUGCUAUCAAAUAAUUACAAAUACCAAGCAGAGUGCUAAAUUUCCAUGAAGAUUUUGGCGUUUUAAGCCGAGAAUCCAGACAAAAUAUUCAAAUAUUUUUUCAGUCAGAAUUGAGGAAUCAUUUUUUGUUUAGGUAUAUUCAUUCCGAAUUUUCAUUCUAUUCUACUAUUUAAAAUUGGCAAAUGUGAUAAUUCAUUACCUACAAUCAAUUUUCAUUAUCAUUCGAAUCAAUUAUAAUCCAAAUGAAAUGAAAAAAAAAUGCCAAGGAAAAUAAUUAUUGAAGAAAUAAGAUAAUGUGCAAGUUUUUCUGUCAAAUUUUCAGAAAAAAAUUCAUUAUAAUUUGUGGGUAACGGUAGUACCUGAUAUACUCCUGAGUUUCACCAUUACGAUCGAAAAUGUGACAUUAAUGACAUGACCUUUUUUGGUCCAAUCAAAUCGAACGUACUGACAGAAUCUAAACUUAAAAUGAAUAGAGGCCUUGAAAGUAAGUUAAUAAAAUGAAGUUUAAAUGAAAGGAAAUAAAAAAAAAGUGGUAUAUUUCGGGAAAUUUUUUUUAAAUUUCAAUUAAAUCAACUUUUUGUUCUAAUUAGGUACUACUGACGUGUGUUAACCAUAUGACAUGCCUAUCUUCGAAGGUGAUUGUUUUUCACAUACCUUAUUUUCACUUUUUUUUUGAUUUGAUAAUCCAAUGAAAAUAUGAUUCACUAUAUUUAUCAAUUGUUUUUAGAACCUUAUUAUUUAUUUUCAAAUGAAAAAUAUUUUGCGUUGUUGAUAAGAAAUCGAAUAUUCUUAUGACGAUAUCUACUAAUAUCGAUAUCUAGAAGUAAUCGAAUGUAUCUGAUAAUUUCCUUUUUCCUGAUCAAAGUGUUGGUCAAUGAUAUUAUAGUUUAUUCGUUAUAUAAGUAUUUAGAUAAGAAUUGUACAUAUGAGAUGUAUAUUUGUAUAUUAAAUUUAUAUUAUAUAUGAUGCAUCAAGCAUGUAUAUCCAAAGAUGAAAUAAAAGUUUUGUAUAACUUGUAA